AGGAAAAAGGAACUCCAACUCCCUGUGCUUGGACUGCAAAGAAACUGCUACAGUCUGUUCCAAUCCAGUAUCAUUUGAAGGAAUUAUUAGUAAGGACCUCUGCAAAGUUUUUUUUCCCAUGUAAAAUACCAGUCUAUAUUCCAGUUUCCUUUGUUUGCCUUUGUAACUCGAAUUUAUAACUGUAAAAUAGUUUAUGCUAUACAAAAUGGUGCUAUUAUGAAAACCCGCAUGGACACAUAUUUGAAAUGGAUUUAUUUGUGAAUUUAGUCCUUUUCAUUUCCUCUACAUUACUGUCAGGCUUAUCAGGAGCAGUGAUGGAUCUGACUUUAAUAAGCACAGAGACCUCACUUAUCUGUACCACUUCUGAGUGGAACACUCUAGACUCAAUAUCAAUUGGAAGAUCCCAACACCUUGAAUCAAUAGCCUCAUCAUCUUUGACUACCCAGCCAGAUUAUCCUGUAGAAGUGAGUGAAGAUGAUAAAAGAGGUUGUGCUAAGAAAAUGCUGUGGAACAGUGAAACCAAAAAUGAAGCCCAUUCUGGUGUUUACUACUGUGAGGGACGAAUGAAAGACAAAGUCACACGAAUAUAUUUAUUGAGGAUAUCUCAGCAAGCAUCCUUCCUCCCUUCAUCAUUGACAAUCACAAGAAACAAAGGAGAAAAGUAUAAUGUUACAUUUUUGCGCCAGCAAAAGAAAGAAGAAGAUGUUUUAAUGCAUAGAAAUGGAACUUUCCUUCACACAGUGCCAAAGCUGGAAAUAUCCGAUCAGCUGGAAGUGUGUUUUCAGAGUGUUCAAUUAAGUCCCUCUAAUGUAAUCUCAGCAGGAUAUAUGGGUGACAACCGUUCCAGCGAUUCGUACACACGACUCAUUAUAAGAAGAUGUGAAGCACAAAUGUGGGGCCGAGACUGUAAAAAAGGCUGCCCAAUAUGCUUAAACAAAGGUGUCUGCCAUGACGAAACAGGAGAAUGUAUCUGCCCGCCAGGCUUCAUGGGAAAAACCUGUGAAAUGGCUUGUGAAAAGAAUCAUUUUGGAAGAACCUGCAAUGACAGCUGUAAGGAAGGCCAAUGCAGUUCCUACAUCUUCUGUUUACCAGAUCCAUAUGGCUGCUCUUGUGCUACAGGCUGGAAGGGGAUAAAAUGUGAUCAGUCUUGUGAUACUGGAUACUAUGGGCCUGACUGUAAAUUAAAAUGUGAGUGCAAAAACUCAGGAACGUGUGACCGCUUUCGUGGCUGUCUAUGUACCAAAGACUGGCAUGGCAUACACUGCGAGAAAGAAGGUCCUGGCUAUGAGUCUCCAGUGCUUAUAGAUAUGAUAGACCAUAUUGAACUGAACAGGGGUUCAGAGUUUAUUCCAAAGUGUGUAGCUAAAGGACAUCCACUUCCAGGACGUGAAGAAUUUCGACUCUUGAAACCAGAUGGAACUAUCCUGAAUCCUCAAGAAACUCAAGAACACCCAGACUCUGUAGCUUACUUUCCUAGGCAAAUACUUCAGCCUGUAGAGUCCGGAACAUGGGUUUGCCAAGUGGAGACAGUGGCAGGAAUGGCAGAGAAACCUUUCAGAAUUUCAGUUAAAGUGCCUCCUUUACCUCGGUUCCCCCCUAAACUGGUCAGCCGUGGAUCUCAUUACCUUGAAGUGAACACUAGUGUCGAUUAUUACAUUGGAGAUGGGCCGAUCAUACGGACAAUAGUGUUUUACCAGCCAUCUAAUGGAAAUUGGGAGUCCGUGAAUGUCUCUGGAACAAUAGUCAGACUGGAAAAUCUUGAGCCACAGACUAAUUAUUCAGUUACAGUUCAGCUGUUUCGCCCUGGUGAGGGAGGUGAAGGGAAUCCUGGUCCUCAAGCAAGCUUUGAGACAUAUGAAGCCAGAAGUCCCUUCUCCCCUACCAACAUCAUGAUCUCUAAUGUCACGGAUUCUUCUGCAUUUGUUUCCUGGGUAAUCGACAAAGGUGAUUCCGUGUCAGCUAUUAUCAUUCGUUAUAAAAUGGACAGCAAUGCAGACCACACACAGGAGAUUAAGUUAUCUAGUAGCUCUGUGACACAGUAUCAGCUGAAAGGGCUGGAACCAGACAUGACAUAUUCCGUGGUACUCUACGCUGAGAACAGAAUGGGCAUCAGUCUACCAAGUCAGGAGAAGAAGCUGAGAACAUUACAAGAAAUUAAAGGUACGGAAGGAUUUCAGGCUGAUGGGAACAUGCUUCUUAUUGCCAUCCUGGGCUCAGCAGGAAUGACCUGUCUGACCAUCCUCUUUGCAUUCCUCAUUGUACUACAAAUGAAGAAGGCUAACUAUCAUCACAGUAUGGUUCAAGCUUUCCAAAAUGUAGUGAGAGAAGAACCACCUAUACAGUUCAAUUCCAAUACAAUGACCCUCAGCAGGAAAUGUAAGAACAGCUCUCAGCCCAUGGCAUACCCUGUCCUCGACUGGCAUGACAUCAAGUUCCAGGAUAUCAUUGGGGAAGGAAACUUUGGACAAGUGCUGAAGGCUCGCAUUAAAAAAGAUGGAUUACGGAUGGAUGCGGCUAUCAAACGCAUGAAAGAGUAUGCUUCCAAAGAUGACCACAGGGACUUUGCUGGAGAACUGGAAGUACUUUGUAAACUUGGAUCCCACCCUAAUAUCAUCAACUUACUAGGAGCAUGUGAACAUAAGGGGUAUUUGUAUCUUGCAAUAGAAUAUGCUCCACAUGGAAACUUGCUGGAAUUUCUGCGCAAGAGUCGUGUUCUGGAGACAGACCCAGCUUUUGCGAUUGCUAACAGCACUGCUUCUACACUCUCAUCUCAGCAGCUCUUGCAGUUUGCUGCAGAUGUGGCACGAGGCAUGGAUUAUCUCAGUCAAAAACAGUUUAUUCACAGAGAUUUGGCUGCCAGAAAUAUUUUAGUUGGUGAUGGUUAUGUGGCAAAGAUUGCUGAUUUUGGACUGUCCAGAGGACAAGAAGUUUAUGUCAAAAAGACAAUGGGGAGACUUCCUGUCCGAUGGAUGGCAAUCGAAUCUCUAAACUACAGUGUGUACACAAGUAAUAGCGAUGUCUGGUCGUUUGGUGUCUUAAUGUGGGAAAUUGUCAGUUUAGGUGGUACUCCAUAUUGUGGAAUGAGUUGUGCAGAACUCUAUGAGAAAUUGCCCUUGGGAUAUCGACUGGAAAAGCCUCUCAACUGUGAUGAUGAAGUGUACGAUUUGAUGAGGAAGUGUUGGAGAGAAAAACCUUCUGAAAGACCAUCUUUUGGUCAGAUACUGAUAUCUCUAACCAGGAUGCUGGAUGAAAGGAAGCCUUAUGUCAUCACAACACUGUAUGAGAAAUUUGCAUAUGCUGGAAUUGACUGCUCUGCAGAAGAAGCUGGUUAAAGGACUCAUGUUAAUAAAUUAUAGCUUAGUGAAGCACAAUAUGCUGCAACAAACGUGUGACCUGCUGGAUAGCUGUAUUAAGAAUGGAUUACCCUGCUCUUCCGCUCAUUCUUGUGUACCAGCUACUUCAAUGCAUUUUUUUUUUUUUUUUUUGUAAAAAGUAUUAUCUCAGAGGAAAUGUCAGCAACAUAGGCAAGGACAAUAUGUUUAUAUAAAUCAUUAUGUGGGUAAAUGUUUUUAUAAUGGAUGUUUCUGCUCCCUACAUUUUUAAUCUGCAAAGGGAUUUUAACAGUUAGGUGAAUAUAUAUCAGGAAAUAAAAAUAAAGCAUACAGUCUGUUGUACAGAAAAUGACAUUUAUGCAGUAUAACAUUUGGCAGUUAUUUUUACUGAUUAAUUUAAAUAAGGUUGCUGUUAUUAAGUUUAUGAACUCUGUAUUGACAUUCACCACUGAAAGUUAAAAUGAAACACUCAGUAUUGUGUCUGACAGCUGCAGUUAUACAGCAUUCAAAAGGAAGCUACUGCUGUUAGUGUUUUAAUGGCAUGUAAACUUUUUUUUUUAUUUAGUGAGUUUAAUCAACUAAGGAAUGUUUAUAAUGCCUAUGAGUUAUUAAUGUAUAAAAAAGUGCAUAGGCUAAUUAGAAAUUGUCACAGAAAAAGUUGGUCAAAACAACGACUGCCCAAGGGCGGUUACAUUUCUGCUGGGGUUCCUUAUUCCCUACCUGUUGACAAAAAAAAUGUUUCUGCUUAUCCUCACACUCCUCUUUUUUGGGGAACAUUGUUUCUCCAACACACACACACACCCUCCCACUCUUUUUGAUCCCCCAGCUCCCACUUUUGAGGCACACCACCUACAACAUAUGAAUACACACAUAUCCACCAAGAAGUAAAUAGAAUAUUUUGUAGGAUUUUAAUUUCAACCACUAGACAAUGGCCAGAAUUCAUUAGUAUUGUUUAGUCAGGCUAAGGAUGACUUCAUGGCUGUCAGUUUAAACUCUUGAGCUCUGUAUGUACCUAAAGUUAAUGUCUGUGCCUCAUAUACAAUGGAUUAGCUUUGUUUAGCAUCAGUGAACUUUUCAGUCAACCACAUUACUGUAAACCUACAACAGGUGUGACCUGACUACAAUUAAAAUAUCAGCUGUAUAGUAUAUAGAGAUUUAGUGUAUUUGGUCAGACAAUGUUGUUAUCUCUGCACUGUUCUUUAGAGCUAUAUUUGCUAUGACUGAAGCACACUGUAUUAUAAACAUGCAUGCACUAUGUGCAGAUGCGAAGAGAUGUUAGUGCCUGUUAAAUAUAAAGCUAAACAAAAAUAAAUUACCUACAUUGUUUAACACUA